UCCCAGAUCAGACGGGCCCGUGAGACAGGGUGAAUCUCAACUCCCAAGCCAUGCGCCUUUGUGCACCUCUCCUGCCCGGCAGCCGCCCUCUCCGCCUAAGUAACAAAGACUGGCUGGGGAAGGCAAAAGCGUGGGGAGGAGCGGCGAGAGAUGGGAAGGGAGGGCCCGGCUUGCCACAGCUGCCGCUUCCUCCCCGAGUCCCUCGGGGGGCCUGAGUCACGGGCCGCCGCCCGGGGUUGGCGAGCUCGGGGGUGGGGAGGGGGUCUGCGCACCGCGUCUCCAGGGCUGCCAGGCUGGAGGCGGGCGCGGGCCUCUGGGGACGGAGGGCGAAGGGCCGGGGAUUGCCACCGCGGGAGGGAAGUCCCAUGGCCGAGUGAGUUCCGCGAGGGGAGGGCAACGAGGCCCCGCCCCGGCCCGGGCUCCGCCCUGCGCCCCCUUCCCUCGCCCCAUUGUCCGUAGACAAAGCGGUCGCCGCCCCCCGCCCGGCCCCCGGUCUCUGUCUAGGUCCCUCCUCCUCGGCUCCCCUCCUCCCUCCAGACUCCGGAUCUCCCUUCGGCCUCUCUCCUCAUCUUCCUCUCUCCGGGACGCCUGGCUCCUCCGCACCUCCUCCCCGGGACCCCCGAGGCGUUGCACUCUACCCAGGGACCAUGACCGCUAUCCCAGACUGGAAACUCCAGCUGUUAGCCCGCCGUCGGCAGGAGGAGGCAGCGGUUCGUGGUCGGGAGAAGGCAGAGAGGGAUCGCCUGUCCCAGAUGCCAGCCUGGAAGCGGGGGAUCCUGGAGCGCCGUCGGGCCAAGCUGGGCCUGCCUCCUGGAGAGGCCAGCCCUGUGUCUGGGACUGCAGAGGCGGGACCUCCAAAUCCAGAUGAGCCUGCUGUCCUCCUGGAGGCCAUCGGGCCAGUACACCAGAACCGAUUCAUCCAGCAGGAGCGGCAACGGCAGCAGCUGCAGCGCAACGAAGAGCUGCUUGCUGAUAGGAAACUAGGGCCUCUGGAGGCCCGAGAAUGGAGAUCCAGCCCUGGGAAUUUAAGAGAUCAGAGCCCCAAGGAAAGAGAGCCGAGAGAAGAGAGACUAAGUCCCAGGGAAGCCAGAGAGAGAAGGCUGGGGCCAGGGGGAGCCCAGGAGUCCAGCUCCAGGCCUUUGGAGACUCCAGUUGGGAGGCAGAGCCCAGGAGAGGCCAAGGACCUGAGCUCAAAACCAGCAGAGAUUCAGAAAUGGAGAUUGAGUCCAGGGGAAACUCCAGAGCGGAGUCUGAGGCUGGCAGAGCCUGGAGAUCACAGUCCAAGGAGGGAAGAGGGCCUAGAAAGCAGACUGAGCCCUGGGGAGUCUGGAGACCAGAGGCUGGGCCUGACAGAAGCCCAUAAAUGGAGUCCCCACUCUAGAGAGUCACAGCCAGAGGCCUCAGAGUGGAGGCUGAACUCGAGGGAAGAAAGGAAAGACUGUGUGGAGGACUAUGGGGGAAACGAAGAGAACCCAAGUCCAGGGAUGGUCCCAGAAGGGUCGGUAGGACCGGCAGAGACCCCGACAAAGGAGGUUAAAGCCUCCAUCUCUAGAGGAGUGGAGACUGCUGAGCAGAGGCCCAGCCCUGUGGAGGACGGUGAGAGGGGUCUGAGGCCCUCUGAAGGCUGGAAAUGGACCCUAAACUCUGGGAAGGCUCGAGAACGGACAUCCCGGGAGCUAGAGACUCAAACUCAGAAGCCUCCAGCAUCUGCAGAGAAGUGCCUAGGGCCUUCUGGUGUGGAGGCUGAAGGGGAGGCUGAGGAGGAGACAGGAGCUCAGAGCAGGCCUCUGGGAGCCCUGCAGGACCUCUGCUCUGGGUCCUCCCCUCUUCCACCAGAGGAUGCUGGGACCGGAGGCACCAGACAGCAGGAAGAGGAAGCAGCCGAACCCGGGCCCCCACCACCACCAGCCCUUCUGUCUCCCCCACCCCCAGCCCCAAGUGCCCCCCAGCCUCCUGGGGAUCCUCUCAUGAGCCGGCUAUUCUAUGGGGUGAAGGCAGGGCCUGGGGUGGGGGCCCCCCGCCGCAGUGGACACACCUUCACUGUCAACCCCCGGAGGUCUAUGCCCCCUGCAAACCCAGCCCCUCCAGCCACUGCUGAUGCUGCAGGCCCCGGAGCUGGGAAGAAGCGGUACCCGACUGCCGAGGAGAUCCUGGUGCUGGGGGGCUACCUCCGUCUCAGCCGAAGCUGCCUUGUCAAGGGGUCCCCUGAAAGACAUCACAAACAGCUCAAGAUCUCCUUUAGUGAGACAGCCCUGGAGACCACAUACCAAUACCCCUCCGAGAGCUCGGUAUUGGAGGAACUGGGCCCAGAGCCCGAGACCCCCAGCGUCCCCAGCCCCUCAGCGACUCAGCCUGAGGACGAGGAGGACGAAGAGGAAGAGCUGUCCUUGCAGCCUGGUCUUCGGGGCGGGCUGCGCACCAAGACCCUGAUUGUGGAUGAGUCCUGCCGGCGGUGACCAUCUUCCAAUCUGGGCACAAUCUGGGCACAAAUCUCCCUCGUUCCCAUAACUGAAGAUCCUGGAGCUUGGACGAUUCAGAGCCGAUAGACCCUGAAAAUGAGCCUGGCCGGAAAGGGCAUCUUCCUGCUCGCUUUCUCCAUCCUGUUUAUGGGGCAGAGCCCAUAUGCCUAAAUUCCCCCAAACCCAAGGUCCCUGCUGUGGGUGCAGUCACAUGGGCUGGAGCAUCCUGGGAUUGAGAUGGAGCACCCCCAGCCCCAUGACGGGUACACUGUCCCACAGCCCUCCUUGACUCCCCACCACUCCCUGGGGACGAACAGGAUGCAGGCCCCUUUCCCUAGGUCACUGCCCCUUUGUUUACAGCUGCCUCUCUUGACCACAGCCUGGUUUACAUGCCCAUCAGCUCCCUGCCCCACUUGCCAAAGUCCCAGGUUUACAAGCCACACCUACUCUUAGAGCCGUCUCUCAGGAGCUCAGUCAUCUCUUCAUUUGUUUCAUUGGGAGUGACCUGGGGUUGUGGCUUUCUUCUCCUUUGCUCAGUAUUAUUGUGCCCCAGUUUCCCCCAAGAGGGAAGGCUGGGCAUCUUAAUCCGGAACCCCAGAAGAGUUAUUUAAUUCUGUUCUUCCUAGUGGUUCACAUAGAAUUGAACUGCAGUGGUGGGUGCUAAGGAGGCACCCACCUCUCCUCCCCAUUGCUCCUUGAUCAGUUUGAUUUUUUUUAACUUUCUAUAAUAAAAUGGAGCUCUUUCCAAGUC